UUUCGCCGAUUGAAAGCGCUUGAGAGGCUCUCCGGCCACUCCCCUUUAAGAGCAGGAUCUUCGCCCGUUCAGCGCAGCUCGGCGCCAGACGCAGCGGAGAGGAAUGUGACAGGAGCCGCGGUCAAGAGCUGCUGUGCGAACCGGGGCUGAUCCACGGAGACCGAGCCGCAGGCGGGACUGCGGGACUGCGGGGCUGGGGUCGGUAACGGAACCGGCGGGCGGGUGUUCGGCUGCCCCCCCGUCUCCUUGUGCCCAAAAGACCCCGACAACGGCCAAGAUGAAUCGGCUAGCGGGGAAGACGAAGGACGAAACUUUGAUAGAGAUGCAGAGCGCGUCGGACGACCAAAGUGGAGAUGGGAUAAUCACGCUGACGGGAUUCCGGAUGACCUUGCUGCCAGGGGAAGACAACAAUGGUCACAGUGUCAUCUCCACCUCCACCAAGGACUCCCAGCUCCCAGGAAUUCCAGAGAUUUGGAAGAAGAGGGCGCAGUUUCUGAAGUUUCGCUCCAGGAUCGACGGGCAGCACCAGAGCAAGGACUCGGUCUUCUUCAGGGACGGUGUGCGCAGGAUCGACUUCGUGCUGUCCUACCUGGAUGACCACACCAAAGAUGGGGAGAAGAAGCAGGAGAGGAGGAAGGAGUAUGAGAGCAAUCUGCAGAAGGCCGGACUGGAGCUGGAGACGGAAGACAAGAGUGAGUCCGAAGAUGGGAAGACGUAUUUCCUGAAGGUGCACGCCCCCUGGGAGGUGCUGGCCACCUACGCAGAGGUGCUGAAGAUCAAGGUGCCCUUCAAGCAGAACGACAUCCCCAACUCCCGCGAGAUCCCCCUGCAGUGGCUCUUCAAGCCCUUCCGCCUGCCCGACGAGGUGAUGAACCCCGAGCCCGACUACUUCACGUCCCCCUUCGAGAAGGACAAGCCCGACUUCUUCCUCAUCGACAACAAGGACACCUUCUUCCCCCCGUCCACGCGCAACAGGAUUGUGUACUACAUCCUGUCGCGCUGCCCCUACUGGAAGGAGGACAUGAGAGACAAGAAGGGAAUCAAGCGACUCCUGAGCAACGGCACCUAUACCUCCGCCUACGCUCUGCACGAUUGCCGGUACUGGACCAGGGCCAAUGACCUCAACUGUGAGAGCGAGAGGUUCACGCUGUACAAGGAGUGGGCCCGCUUCCUGCGCUUCUACAAGGAGCAGCCACUCAAUCUCAUCCGGAAGUACUAUGGGGAGAAGAUUGGGAUCUACUUCGCCUGGCUGGGCUUCUACACCGAGAUGCUGUUCUUCGCUGCCAUCGUGGGGCUGAUCUGCUUCUGCUACGGCGCCUCCACCUACCAUGAGAACGUGUGGAGGCAAUCCCACCUGUUCGACAAUGUGGGGACGCUGUUCUUCGCCAUCUUCAUGGGGAUAUGGGGGCAGCACCCCCUCCGGCUCUGUUACUUGAGUCCCCAGGAGAGUGGCCCUGAGAUCACGGAGGGACACCCAGGUCGCUUGGCACAAUCCUGUGAGGAGGAAUGGGUUCUGGACAGGAGCACGCUAGAUUUCUGUGGGAAAAUGAUGCUCUGCUGGGCCACGGUCAUACUGUGGGAAAUGGAGCCUUACUUACCCUUAACCAGCAAGUGUGCACGCUUCUGUCUGUCUGGAGCGACCGUCAUAUUCUGGAUCGCCCUGAUCAUCGCCUGCAUCAUCGGCGUGAUCGCCUACCGCCUGGCCGUCUACGCCGCCUUCGCCAGCCUGAUGAAGGACAACCCGGCCCACGAGCUGCAGCUGGUGGGCUCCCUCAUCACCCCGCAGAUGGCCACCUCCGUCACCGCCUCCUGCAUCAACUUCGUCAUCAUCAUGAUCCUCAACUUCCUGUACGAGCGCGUGGCCAUCUGGAUCACCGACAUGGAGAUCCCCCGGACCCACCUGGAGUACGAGAACAGGCUGACCAUGAAGAUGUUCCUCUUCCAGUUCGUCAACUACUACUCCUCCUGCUUCUACGUGGCCUUCUUCAAGGGCAAGUUCGUGGGCUACCCUGGCAAAUACAUCUACAUGUUCGCCAAGUGGAGGAACGAGGAGUGUGACCCCGGCGGCUGCCUGAUCGAGCUGACCACCCAGCUGGUCAUUGUGAUGGCCGGGAAGCAGGUGUGGGGGAACAUCCAGGAGGCGCUGGUGCCAAGGACCUGUGAGAUGUUUCAUGAGAUGGUCCAGCUAACAUCUUCAGUCCUGCUCCUCUCAUCCUCCCCCAAUGCAGUCAUCCAGUUCGGCUUCAUCACCCUCUUCGUGGCCUCCUUCCCCCUGGCCCCCCUCCUGGCCCUCGUCAACAACAUCAUCGAGAUCCGAGUGGACGCCUGGAAGUUCACCACGCAGUUCCGCCGGCCGGUGGCGGCCAAGGCCCACAGCAUCGGGGCGUGGCAGGAGAUCCUCAACGGCAUCGCCAUCGUGUCCGUGGUCACCAACGCCUUCAUCGUGUCCUUCACCUCAGACAUGAUCCCACGCCUGGUCUACUACUACCAAUAUAGCAGCAACUACUCCAUGGAGGGCUACAUCAACAACAGCCUGUCCAUCUUCAACAUCUCCCAGUUCUCCGACCAGAACCGGCCUGAGAACGGGGAGAACCCCAUCUGGUUCAACGAGACCGUUGACACCACCUGCAGGUAUCGCGAUUUCCGCUUCCCCCCUGGCCACGAGAAGGAGUACUCUCACAACAUGCAGUUCUGGCAUGUCAUUGCCGCCAAGCUGGCCUUCAUCAUCANNNGGCAGCACGUGGUCUUCAUGGUGAAGUUCUUCGUGGCCUGGCUGAUCCCGGACGUGCCCACGGACGUGAAGGCACGGGUGAAACGGGAGCGCUACCUGAUCCAGGAGUACCUGCACAACUACGAGCUGGAGCGGCUCAAGAACCAGCUGAGCCAGCAGGCCAACGGCAGGGGCUGCCCGGACCCUGGGGGGCUGCUCGCCGCCACCGAGAAACACGAGGUGCUGUCCCAGGUGCUGUAGCCCCCCAGCCCGCCCCUCCCCUCCUGCCCCAGCGGACCUCCCUCUUCUAUUGCACUGGCGGGCCCACCCACACCUCCCUCUCAGACCCCACAGGGUCUGCAGCCUGCUUUCAGCCACGGGGCUUGGGCUGGCUCUGCAGCGCUGGGGAGGGGAGGGAUCGGUGAAGCUGCUUUCACAUUUCUUCCAACUCCGGACCCCACGGAUCCCGAGCAAGGUCUGGGACGACUUCCGGGUCGGACUGGUCGCAAAGCCAUAAAAGAAACAGAGAGGAGCCCGGGCCCAGAUCCAGUCCUGCUGGUUGCUUCUCGAUCUCGGACACGCCUGCUCCCGCUACCUCAAGCUCCUUUGACUGCCCCCCCACCUUCCCUCAUCCCCUCCCCCCCCCGCAGCGGGGACAGCUGUCCCGUGACUCCAGACACAAGACGGUCCUGGGCUGCUGUCCUGCCCCGCGUCCGAACUUUGACCCCUUGACCGCCCCACCUCCCCCGGGCGACAAGCAGAAACCCGUGCCAUCGCUGUACAGAUCGUGCCCUUUGUCUUUCUGUUUUCUUCUGUGUGACCACCCCUUUGACGCAGGGCUUGAGUUGUUGUUGUUGUUGUUGUUUUUUCCUGUUUUAAUUUGGAUGGAAUGCUUCUCUUUUAAGAAACCUGCAUUGUCGAAUUCCAGCUACUGGAACGUGUUUUUGGGGAUUUGAAAUUCUGCCAAAUCCUGCAGCCCAGCCUGUGAGCGAGCGACUGUGGGUAAACGACAUUGCGCGUUCUAGAAAUCCUCGAGGCUGUGGAGGAGAGAGGCAGGGAGCCUGUGUGACAACAGGCAGGAAGGUGAAACCUGCACGAACGCCUCACACAGGCCGUGGCCUCAACUCCCAGCCCUGUUCCUCAGCGGCGUCCUGCUGGCAGGGCUGGGGGCGCAGGGAGAAACCUGUUUUUUUCCUGCAGGGACAGCACCUGAACUCCUGCUUUUCUUGCUUCUCCUCCUCCGUUUCCCGCGCCGGCCUUUCAGCAGGCUUGUCGCUGCUGGCUGGUGUCCCUCGCGGAGACGGCUCGCUUCUUCGCUGUUCGGGACAGUUGAUCAGAGCUGCCAGCGGACGUGGGACAUCUGCACGCCCAUUGCAGGGUCAGGAGGAGAAUGAAUCGUUGAACUGUGGGUAUUACAAUCUCCUGCCUGGCACCUGUUUCACCUUUAGCAUGAAGCAGCGAGUCCAUGCGGAUCUCUGUGCGACUGUAGGAGCUCAGACCCUUUGUCCAAACUGUAGCACCAAGGCAAGCAGAGCCAUACACAGAGUUGUGCCAGGUGCGUGCACGACAGACUCCCUCGUGCCACGGAAGAUACCGCAGUGCCUUUGACCGCCACAUGCUUUACAGGUGCCACACGCCAGCCGGAACCAGGCACCGUUCCUUCCGAGCUGGGCUGGGGCGUGCAGGCAGCGCGCGGGACGUCCUGCUGGCCGCAGGCAGGAAGGACAGGACGAAACCCCGGUUUGUGGGCUGAGGUGGGACAGGGCGGGCUUGGAAGGGAGAGGUCCGUGCCACUGCUCCGUGGUGCCGCUUGUCCUAGUGCCAAACGACGGGGUGGUCUAACCUGGGCUGGGAGGGUCGGGGGGUAUCGAUGAGCCCACGCACAGGGGGCAGUGGGUGAGGGCGCUUGGGCUUGUGAACCAGGCAGCACCAGAGCAGUGGUGGCCCCCUGAGCACCUCUCUCAGUACGAGGUGAAGAAGAACUGGGGGCUCCAGCCCAGGGGUCCUCAGUGUGGACCCUGCUCUCCAGUCACCUUGAACAUCCCCAGGUUCUCCGAGGUCUCUGUGGGCUGUGAGCGGGACAGAUCCCCCACCUCCACUCUCUGGCCUGGGACUUCUCCAUGGCUGGUGUGAAACUAACACCACAUGGGGACCCCAAAAUUGCACAAGCUGCAGUCUGUGGGCCAGAGGGCUUCAGGGUAGCCGGGAGCUGGCAGUUUCUCGGUGACCAUGUACGAAACACAUCUCAAAGUCCAGUUUGCUCUCCGCGUUUUGCUAUCAGUGCAGUCGGUCCCCAAGACAAAUGCUCUUAAUGUGUCUGUGUUUACCCCAGUGUUAAACUUAAUGAAGGUCUGGCAUCGCUGGAAAAGGUUGUUUUUUUUUUCAUUCUACGUCCUGUUUGCUCUCCCUGUUGUGAAAGAAAGACAAAGAAAAUCUUGUUGCACAGAAGCACUUAAUGAAGGAGGUGGGGUGGGGGGGGGUUGGUAGGGGAACAGACACAGUACAUAGAAACAGCCGAGUCCUGUCUUCUCUCCCCACCCCUGCUCUUUAAUUACACUACGAGCUUGAUGGCACGGAGUAACACAGCUGUUCCUAUUGAUCCGAUGUCAGUCACACCGAGAUUUCAUUUUGGAUGCUGUUUGUGUUUCAGUGGCUUACCAGUAGCAGGUCCGGUUUGCAAUGGGUCUUGCUUGAGAUUUCGUUGUUUUAGGGCGUGAUGCUGCCAGUCCGAGGCGACAGUAUUGUGCAGACAUGAGCUCUGCGCUAGAUGCCCAGUGCUGUAGGGGUCAGCGGUAGUGUCUUUUUUUAACCAAAGACACAGGCCUGAGGCAUGCUGUGAAAGGGACAGUGUUGCUGCAGUAAAUCUCUGUUGGGUUUUUGUAUUAUCCUCCUGGGUUUUCCUGUUUUCCUCCUACAGCUCACAAUAAUUCACCAUCAUAGCUUCUUUUGUGCACAAUUCUCUAUAAUCCUGUGCGGGUUUACCAAAGCUUUUCUAAAGCUGCUUUCUGGUCUGCCACACCUGGUUUUAAAGGCCUGAUGACCUUUUGACCUGCUGUCCACUAAGCCUCAGCUUCAAGGCCUUAAAUCAAUACCUGUGCACUGCUGAGGCUGUACUGUUCAUCAAGGCAUUGGGCCUCACAGCUGGGUCACUGGGACAGGGCUGUGCACAGCUGAACUGAAACUGGGUGGAUGUCUAAGACAGACAAAGCCCCACCUCACUAAAUCAGAAACUAUACUACAGGACAAAAAAAACGCCUUUUUAUGCCUUAAAUAAGUCUGUGUUUACUGUUAAAGUCGUGGACGUUUUUUUUUUCUUUUUUAACUGAAGGAUAAUUGAUUUUUUUAAAUGUCUCAUCCUGCUCAUGUGGUUCUGUGACAGGUUGGAGGAGUUCCUUUCACAUUUUGUAUAUCAACGGAGCAUCGUCUUGUCGUCAUUUCAAAACCGGGUCUGAAG